AAAAAAAGAAAGAAAGAAAGGGGAAAAAAAAACCAGAAGACGAUGAUGAAUUUGUCGGGUUUUCUGUUUGUCCCCGCGUUAUGGGGACUCGCUCUCGGCGGAUCACCAAGCGUCCAAAUCGGCGGCCUGUUUCCGCGCGGUGCGGAUCAGGAGUACAGCGCGUUUCGGGUCGGGAUGGUGCAGUUCGGCACGGCUGAGUUCCGCCUCACGCCGCACAUCGACAACCUGGAGGUGGCCAACAGCUUCGCCAUCACCAACUGCUUUUGUUCGCAGUUUUCCCGGGGCGUGUACGCCAUCUUCGGGUUCUACGACAAGAAAUCCGUAAACACCAUCACGUCGUUCUGCGAGACGCUGCACGUGUCCUUCAUCACGCCGAGUUUCCCCGCCGACGGCCUCAACCAGUUCGUGCUGCAGAUGAGACCUGACAUCCGCGGCCCUCUGAUCAGCCUGGUCGAGUACUACAAGUGGGAGAAGUUUGCGUAUCUCUACGACAGCGAUAGAGGCUUGUCCACCCUGCAAGCCGUCCUGGACACUGCAGCUGAGAAGAAAUGGCAGGUGACGGCUAUCAACGUGGGCAACCUGAAGGACGAGCGGAAAGACGAGGCGUACCGCUCGCUCUUCCAGGACCUGGAGAACAAAAAAGAGAGGAGGGUCAUCCUGGACUGCGAGCAGGACAAGGUCAAAGACAUCAUGGAGCAGGUUAUCACGAUCGGUCGUCAUGUGAAAGGAUAUCAUUACAUAAUUGCUAAUUUUGGCUUUCUGGACGGAGAUCUUUCGAAGAUUCAGUACGGAGGCGCAAAUGUGUCCGGCUUUCAGAUCGUGGAUUUCGACGACCCUCUCGUCGCUAAGUUUGACCAGCGCUGGGAGGCACUAGAGGAGAAGGAGUACCCAGGGGCGGACAGCAAGAUCCGUUACACUUCGGCUUUGACGUACGACGCGGUUCAAGUGAUGACCGAAGCGUUCCGCUUCCUGCACAAGCAAAGGAUCGACAUCAGUCGCCGUGGCAACAACGGAGACUGCCUGGCCAAUCCGGCUGUACCGUGGGCUCAGGGAGUGGAGAUAGAACGUGCUCUUAAACAGGUGCGAGUGGACGGACUGACAGGAAACAUCCAGUUCGACCAAUACGGCAAGAGAGUGAACUUCUCUGUCAACAUCAUGGAGCUGAAAAACAGCGGUCCAGUAAAGAUCGGCUACUGGAAAGAGGUGGACAAAAUGGUGGUCACCAAAUCUGACCUCUUCCCCAACGACACCUUUGGGAUGGAGAACAAGACGGUUAUUGUGACGACCAUCUUGGAGGCGCCGUAUGUGAUGUUGAAGAAGAACGCAGAGUUGUUCACGGAUAAUGAACGCUAUGAGGGAUACUGCGUGGACUUGGCCGCUGAGAUCGCAAAGCAUUGUGGGUUUAAGUAUCAGCUGAAGAUUGUGGGAGACGGGAAGUACGGCGCAAGAGACGCAGAUACGAAGAUCUGGAACGGCAUGGUUGGCGAAUUGGUGUAUGGGAAAGCAGACAUUGCUGUAGCGCCUCUCACGAUCACACUGGUUCGUGAAGAAGUGAUUGACUUCUCCAAACCCUUUAUGAGCCUGGGAAUCUCCAUCAUGAUCAAGAAGCCGCAGAAAUCAAAGCCAGGCGUCUUCUCCUUCCUGGACCCUCUGGCUUACGAGAUCUGGAUGUGCAUCGUGUUCGCGUACAUCGGUGUCAGCGUUGUGCUCUUCCUUGUUAGCCGCUUCAGCCCAUACGAGUGGCACACCGAGGAGUUCGAAGAUGGCCAGCUUGGCCCCAGCGAGUCCAAUAACGAAUUUGGGAUCUUUAAUAGUCUUUGGUUUUCUCUGGGCGCUUUUAUGCAGCAGGGAUGCGAUAUUUCGCCAAGGUCACUUUCUGGGCGUAUAGUUGGUGGUGUUUGGUGGUUCUUCACCCUUAUCAUCAUCUCUUCUUACACGGCUAACCUGGCUGCUUUCCUCACCGUGGAGAGGAUGGUGUCCCCCAUUGAGAGCGCCGAAGAUCUUGCAAAGCAAACCGAAAUAGCCUACGGAACCCUCGACGCCGGUUCAACCAAAGAGUUCUUCAAGAGAUCAAAGAUCGCCCUGUUUGAGAAGAUGUGGCAGUACAUGAAAAGCGCCGAGCCUUCCGUCUUUGUAAAGAACACGGUGGAAGGCGUGCUGCGUGUGCGCAAGUCAAAGGGCAAAUACGCUUACCUGCUAGAGUCCACCAUGAACGAGUACAUCGAGCAGCGCAAGCCGUGUGACACCAUGAAGGUCGGAGGCAAUCUCGACUCCAAGGGCUACGGCAUCGCCACGCCCAAAGGAUCUGCUUUAAGAAACGCGGUAAACCUCGCGGUGCUAAAACUGAACGAGCAGGGGCUUCUGGAUAAAUUGAAAAACAAAUGGUGGUACGACAAAGGAGAGUGCGGCAGCGGAGGCGGGGAGUCAAAGGAGAAGACAAGCGCUCUGAGUUUAAGCAACGUGGCGGGGGUCUUCUACAUCCUGGUGGGCGGCCUCGGCCUGGCCAUGCUGGUGGCGCUGGUGGAAUUCUGCUACAAGUCGCGUGCCGAGGCCAAGCGCAUGAAGAUGACGUUCACCGAGGCCAUGCGCACUAAGGCAAGGCUGUCUAUAACUGGCAGUAUUGGGGAGAACGGGAGAGUGCUGACUCCGGAUUUCUCUAAAGCCGUGCACGCUGUGCCCUACAUGAGACCAGGCAUGGCAAUGCCUCUUAACGUGAGCGAGCUGUCCUGAGUGCCUUACACACCAAUACACACACACACACACACACACACACACGUUCAGACAUACUUUAACUCAUGUCCACAAUGCAUACAUUAACAUUAACUUGACUUGCAACUAAUUAUAUGCUACAUAUUUAUAAAGACCAUAUUUUCUGGAUUGUAAGAUAUCAUCUUGCCUUCUGUUUUAUGCUAGUGUAAUCUAAUCAACCCUUAAUUGUGAUUAUUAAUAAGUGAUAUAAAACUUAGACUGAAACUCAGGCUGGGAAUCAGUUUUAAAUAGAGUUGAUUCUCUGAUUCAGUGCAAUUUGAUUUCACUCUGAGCAAUGCGUUCGGUUAUUAAAAUUGUAACAGCCAAUGUAAUGACUAAUUCAACAUUAAUAUUGACAAAAUAUAACUCCACGUAUAGCUCUCUCCAAAAAUCUGUUCUGACUAAACCAUUAGUUAUUUGUCAGGAUUUUUCAAAUGAAUCUAAGACAAUAGGUCAUUAUCUAGAAUAUUAGUAUUGUUUCAAUUCCAAUUCCUAACCCUAACCCCAACCAAAAGUCCAGUAGUAAAAAAUUGAACAAAUUCUCACAAAGAAACUUUUUUCAACCACUUUUCAACAAAUAUUUUUUUAACAAUUUUAACCAAUUUCCUCCAAAGACGUUUCCACCAAUUUUAAAUAAACUUCCAAUUAAACUAUUUUAACUAAUAACUGAAUUUAUUAUGUUUCUAACGAAGAAAUGCCAACCAA